GCUCAUGGAGAAACAGUGGUCGCGAAAUGAAACUACUAUCUCUCUCAUAAACUUUCUCUCUCUAAAACAUGAAAUCCUAUCCAUGGCCGCCCCUGGUUUUCCCUUGCCGCCACCUCCACCUCCUGCUUAUAGUCUCAUCAUUCUCCCACUUUUCCACCACCAAUUUUGUCCACACUUCAAAUUUCAAAGAAGCUAACACACGGCUACUGUAUAUUUCUUAGAAUUUAAUCUUAGUUGAUCGGUUGUCAUACUGCUUUGUGAUCGGAUUCGGAUCUGAGGUUUUUGAUCGAGUUGUUUGUGUAGUUUAAUCGAUCGAUCGAUGACCAUUGAGGUAAGGUUGGCUGGUGUGAGCAAGAGUAUAAGGAAGAAAAAAUGCUAUCGGAAAACCAAUAGUAAGAGGAAACAGUCUCCGCCGCGUCCGACGUCGACGCCGGUUUCGUUUCCGUUACAGAGGCUGUAUAUGUCUUGUAAAGACGUGUUCAAAGGCGUCGGAACGGUUCCUUCUCCUACCGACGUGCAGAAACUUUGCCAUAUUCUCGAUGGAAUGAUGGCAGAAGAUGUUGGACUAAGUAGAAAUCUGCAAUUCUUUAAAACUAGAAGCAUUGUAGGAGUAACUCCAAAAGUCGCAUGUACUACCAUAUAUCAAUCUGAGAAAUUCUCUCUAUGUAUCUUCUUUCUUCCUGCAAACGCUGUCAUACCUCUUCACAACCACCCAGGAAUGACGGUUUUCAACAAACUUCUACUUGGAAAAGUUCAUAUUAAAUCAUAUGAUUUGGUUAACUCCAGUGAUUCAGAUGACUCUUUAUCCCCUUCACAUAUGAAAUUGGCGAGUUUAAAAGUAGAUGGCGUAUAUUCUGCUCCAUGUGACACUUCUGUAUUGUAUCCAACUUCUGGAGGUAAUAUACAUGCGUUCAGAGCUAUAACACCUUGUGCGAUUCUUGAUGUGAUGGGGCCUCCUUAUUCUAAAAAAGAUGGGCGUGAUUGCUCUUAUUACAGAGAUAUUCCAUACACUACAUUGCCAUAUAUGUCAGGAGAAGAGAGGGAAAGGGAGAGGGAGGGUUAUUGGUGGUUAGAAGAGAUUGAGGUGCCAAAAGAAUCAGAAAUGGAGGGGAUUGAGUAUAUGGGUCCUCGGAUAAUUGAAACUCAAACUAGUAGUUCAUCAUAAAUUCAUAGGUGUUUUUUCAGUUGAAGCUUCAUGUUGGGAGCAUAUGUUUCUGUGUUUUUUCAUUUUUUUUUUUAAAUUUUAAAGAUGGGUGUAUAGGUGUUGUUGGUGUAACAAGGUUUAAUGGCUGUUUUUCUUUGUUAGUGCUAUCACUGUUGAUGCUUGGGGUUGGAAAAACCUAACUGAUAUUCUACGUGGC